AUGGCCUCCUCCACGUCCAUGGUGAGGUUGGUCGCCUCCCGUCGCCCUGUCGCUACAGGCUUGACCUCGUCCUUCCGUCCCUUGACCUCCACCGCAAACUUCUCCUCCUCGGUCACCCGGGCCGCCACGCCUGCUGGUCCCCCUCAGCCCGGUUUCCGUCUGGCUCCCCCGAGAAAGUGGGAUCAGCCCACGGAGAGCUCGCUGGACAAGGCUACCAAGUACUUCCUGUUGGCCGAGAUGUUCCGCGGCAUGUACGUCGUGCUGGAGCAGUUCUUCCGACCACCCUACACCAUCUUCUACCCCUUCGAAAAGGGCCCCAUCUCUCCCCGGUUCCGUGGUGAACACGCCCUGCGUCGCUAUCCCACCGGCGAGGAGCGCUGCAUUGCCUGCAAGCUCUGCGAAGCCAUCUGCCCCGCCCAGGCCAUCACCAUCGAGGCCGAAGAGCGUGAAGACGGAAGCCGUCGGACGACCCGUUACGAUAUCGAUAUGACCAAGUGUAUCUACUGCGGUUACUGCCAGGAGAGCUGCCCCGUCGAUGCGAUUGUUGAGACCUCCAAUGCGGAAUACGCCACCGAGACCCGUGAAGAACUGCUGUACAACAAGGAGAAGCUCCUCGCCAACGGUGACAAGUGGGAGCCUGAAAUCGCCGCCGCUGCCAGAGCUGAUGCUCCCUACCGUUAA